GCCAAGGCAGAUGACACAAAGAGAGGCAGCGGGAGCCAGAAGAUACAGCCAGUUGAAGCAUCCCUGUUCUCAGACACAAGGCCAGAGCUUCGGACUGAUCAACAACGACCUACCGGGAAAGGUACAUCUGAGACAGAGAAGAUGCCAAUCUGUUCUAUCCUGGAGAAGCGUAAUGGUGUGGUGGUGGGAGCUGAGCUGAGCUGCAGCGUACGGGAGGAGAACAGGGCUCAGAGGGAGAGCUACACAGCUGACUGGAACAGCAUCAGUUGCAAGACUCAACCUCAAGAAAGGCAGACAAUGGACAUGAACGACAGAUCUCGCAGGGAGACUCUGUCCCGGCAGUGGCAGGCACGUUCCCUGACACAGAUUUGCCCCUCUGGUGUCUUCAGAGUGGGCACCUUGGAAAUAGGGGUGAGGGAGCACCAGCUGCUGCCUAAGAGAAAUACCCUCCCCUUGCCCAUUUUCACCCCGGCAGAGUUGGGUGUCAGGCUCGGACGCGGAGCCCCACACACCGAGGAGGACCUGCAGCCCCUCCACACCCCAGACGGAGCCUGUCCCAGCAAGAGGACUGUGGACGAAAUCACAAGAGAUCUGCCCCCAGUCAAGCCGACCCUCAUGGAGUUUGCCAAAGCCCCCAAAACCCUGGGUCGCUCCAUGUCUGUGGAGGCUCAGAGAGGGUGAAAAACAACAAGAGACAAAACAGAGAAAGAGAUGAUGAUAGGGAGAAAGAUGACAGAUGGAGGAGGAUAGUCUUUGAGCAGAGCGAGUCAGGAAGGAGAAGAUGUAUAUAGAUUUAAUUCUAGAAACAUUCAUCAUAAACCCUUCAUACUGUAGAUUUGUUUUAGCUCAGUCUGUGUCUCUUGGUGAGCACAGCACAGGAUAAAUGUCACGCUUUGUCAUUGAUGGCAUUUGGUGGUCAGUGGUAUUAGGAAUGUUUAUGUGAAGGUAUUUGCUUUGUGAUGGAGAGUCAGGGUUUGUGUCCUCAGCUGUGCCAUGGGCUAUUGUGUGCCUGUGCUGGCCGGCUAGGCACACACACUGAUCUCUCACUGGAAUCACUGUGACCCAACUGUUGGGUGCACCUUAAUCAUGCUGCAUGCACUUUCUUUUGUAGUGAAACAUGCAAAUAUCCUGGCACAGUAUUGGAAGGGCUCUUGUGGUCACUUGACUAAUGGAUUAUUCCUGUAAUAGGAGGUGAAGGCAUGCAACGAUGCAGAAAGUGACAGAUGCAGAAAGUGACAGAUGCAAAAGGCAGAGGCAGGUAACACACUGUAAAAAGAGGGAAGGAAAAAAAGGAAGAGAGAAUCGAAGGGACGAGGGCUCGGAGAACAUGCCUCCGUCAGGCCUCCAGAAGCUCUCGACAGUCUCUGAGAGGACACUGUGGUGUGAUCACACACUCUGGCUGUACAUAUGUGUGUGAGCGUCCUUGUGUGAGUGUGAGAGACACCUCUAAUCAAGAGGACGUACAAAACUGAUAACCUGCUCUUCACUGUGUAUUAACUGAUCUGCUUUGUUAGCUGAGUGGCAGCUCUUUCAUAUCCGAUAGAGGAACAGACACUGUAGUGACUGAAUUUGAAAUGUGUGAGAUGAUGUUGAAUUAUUUGCCCUAGUUUUUUAUUAUUUUUACAAAUAAAAGUUAUGUUGCUCAA